AUGGACACGUUCAUAGACUCUGAUAAUACGCUCGAUACAGGCAAUAUCUCCAAAGUGAGUGGUGCCAAACCACUGCACCCGACUCGUUGCGCGCAUACCAUUUCCCAGGACAACAACUCUGUGCUCUCUCUCGCUUGUAAUCAACGCUACUUGUUUAGUGGAAGCCAAAGUUCAAACAUCCAUGUAUGGCAUCUACAAGACUUUUCACUCGUUACUACGCUCCAAGGUCAUAGGGGAAGUGUCCUGGCUUUGACAGUAUCCAAAGAUCAACGUUGGUUGUUUAGUUCUUCAGGUGAUGGAACCGUACGGGUAUGGGAUACCGAGAAACUCGUUUGCACGCAUCUCAUCCAAUCCUGUCAUGACGUGGGCGAUAUCUUUUCCAUGGUGUACAUUGACUCUUCCAAUACGCUCUAUUUCGGCAACCAAAACACCAGCAUUCAAUGGUACGAUUUCAGCGAUCCACAAUCCCAAGGCAAAGCGGGUGAAGUACCGGUGAUACCUAUGAAUCCUCGAAGUUCGACCUACCAAAAAUCAAAGUUCUUUGAAUCGCCUUCCUAUGAAGAUUUGGUGGAAGAGGUGGAUCGAUUUCCUGGUGAAGAGAAUGUUAUCAAAUGCGUGAUCCGAGAAAAGAACGUAUGCUCCAACGCACACAAUGGCUAUGUCUAUUGUCUUUUGCAUGCCGUGGAUAUUCCCAAUGUGGAUGGCGAGGUUAUUUUUAGCAGUUCAGGUGAUGGGGAUGUCAAGAUCUGGUCGGUCCAAGAAUCAGGAUUGCAACUGCUCAACGUCUUGACAGGGGAUAUCGAUAAGGGUGUAUUGAGCAUGGCUCUUUCAGAGGAUGGUUAUUUAUUUUGUGGUGUACAAGGAGGCGAUGUCCAAAUCUGGGAUCUUGAAACGAACCAAAUGAUUCGGUCGUUGAUGGCACAUUCAGAUGAUGUCCUUGCAGUAGCUCUAAAGGGUCCUCAUCUUGUGAGCGCUUCGGCUGACGGCACCAUCAAGAUAUGGAGCGAAGAAUUUGAAUUUGUUGAAUGCAUGGAUGACCACAGCGGCAUUAUUUUAUCGAUGAUUUGUUCGCCAGAAUACUUGAUCACAGGAAGCAGCGAUCACACAAUCAAGUUUUGGGAUAUGCCAUCACCUGCCAACAUAUACGAGCCUUUUAGACGAAACAGUGUCAUGACGGAUGUACCUUCCAGUGACACCCUUUUGUAUGUUCUUGACAAAUGGAUUGCUACGCGCACAAUUAGUGGUAAUCACAAAUACAAGGAAGAAUGUCGUCGUGGAGCUCGUUUUCUCAAGAAUGUGUUACAGCAGCUUGGUGCCACUAGCCGGAUGAUCCCUGGUGCUCCUGGUCGCAACCCAUUGGUCUAUGGUCGCUUUUCAGCACGGCGCUCAAGCAAUGUUGGAGUAAAGAAGAUCCCCACCGUGUUGGUGUACGGCCAUUAUGAUGUGAUCUUUGCCCAAAAUGAUGAUAAUCAAUGGCUCACGGACCCAUUCAAGCUAACGGGACGCGAUGGAUAUCUUUAUGGCAGAGGUACCAGUGACAACAAGGGCCCUGUGCUUUCUAGUAUCUUUGCUGUUUACGAGUUGCUCAAGGAAGGUCUUUUGGAUGUCAAUGUCAUUUUCCUUGUCGAAGGAGAAGAAGAAAGUGGCAGUGUUGGUUUCGUAGAUGCUGUAGAGCAACACAAGGAAUUGUUCUCUAAUGUUGAUAUGAUCCUCCUGAGUAACUCGUACUGGUUGGGUGAAGAUGUUCCUUGUUUGACAUAUGGCUUGAGAGGCGUUAUCCACGCAAGCAUUGAAGUUUCCAACAAGUUGGCUGAUUUGCAUUCGGGUGUUGAAGGUGGUGCGGUAUCCGAGCCACUUAUCGAUCUCAUUCACGUGACCAGCAAGCUUGUGGACAGCGAAAAGAACGUGCUCAUUCCAGGUUUUUACGAGAAUGUGAGUGCAGUGACUGAAGCAGAAGAAAAGCUGUAUGAUCCUAUCGUGGAAUGGCUUCAAACAUCCGAAACGGCACAAUCCCAUACUCGAAUGCAGCAUUCCGCAAUUACAUCACCUACACUUUCGGAUCGAUCAAGGGCUAGCAACGAUUCUAAUCAUUGUCAACAAGAAAAGUCGCAUCCUCACCGCCACCAUCGUUCACCAUCAUCAUCGGAUACCCCGCCACAGCAAAUGGAUAAGGAUAAGCUCAAAAAGCAAUUGAUGGCACGAUGGCGAUACCCGACUUUGUCUGUGCACAAGAUUGAUGUGUCCUUCAGCAACCCAACCAUUAUCCCACGUUGCGCCAAGGCCUUUGUCAGCAUGCGCGUGGUACCUGAUCAGACCAUUGCUGAUAUCAGUUCCAAAUUUGAGAGCCAUGUGUGUCGCGUGUUUUCGGAUCUUCAAUCCGAUAAUGUCAUCUCGGUACGAAUUGAGAGCUCGGCUGAGUAUUGGCUAGGCAAUCCCGAGGGAGCUUAUUUCAAGGCUGUGGAACGAGCCAUUGAGAAGGAGUGGGAUAUGAAGCCAUUGUAUAUUCGUGAAGGUGGAUCCAUCCCAGCUGUUCGAUUCCUUGAGAAGUUCUGUAAUGCUCCUGCAGUACAUUUACCCAUGGGCCAGGCAUCGGAUCAAGCCCAUUUGCACAAUGAACGGAUACGUUUACGCAAUCUCAAUGCAGGUCGUCGCAUUAUCAAGACUUUGUUGCAGGAUUUGGGUAGAAAUGAUUUGUUAUCGCACCAAUAG